AUGCAUGAUGAAAUACUGUGGAAGAAGAAGGUAGAAUGUGAGAAAGGAGACUCUGCCCCAGCUUUAGGAGGCCCUGCCCCAGCUUUAGUAGGCCCUGCCCAAGUUUUAGUAGGCCCUGCCCAAGUUUUAAGAGGCCCUGCCCCAGCUUUAGGAGACUCUGACCCAGCUUUAGGAGACUCUGCCCCAGCUUUAGGAGGCCCUGUCCCAGCUUUUGGAGGCCCUGUCCCAGCUUUUGGAGGCCCUGCCCCAGCUUUAGGAGGCCCUGACACAGCUUUAGGAGGCCCUGGCACAGCUUUAGGAGGCCCUGGCACAGCUUUAGGAGGCCCUGGCACAGCUUUAGGAGGCCCUGCCCCAGCUUUAGGAGGCCCUGCCCCAGCUUUAGGAGGCCCUGACACAGCUUUAGGAGACCCUGACACAGCUUUAGGAGACCCUGACACAGCUUUAGGAGGCCCUGACACAGCUUUAGGAGGCCCUGACACAGCUUUAGGAGGCCCUGACACAGCUUUAGGAGGCCCUGCCCCAGCGGGAUCCGUCAAACGUUUCCCUACAUUCUGUCCAAGUAAGAAAAACGCGUGUCUUAUCAAGUUUAACUAA